AUGUCCUCCAGUAGAGGGCCCGGUAGCUCACCGCUGCCUACCACCAGGUCGUCCUCAGCUACAAGUUCCACGGGUAAAACUCCUUUACCGCCAGACACCGCGAAUGCCGUUGAACUGAACGCCAUGCAGCCCAUCGGAGUUGCAGAGGCGAUUGCUCUAGAGCUAGAUAUAAUGCAGCUGGCCAGGCUCGGCGAAAUAACUGCGAUCAAGGAGCUCUUCGACAGCGGGAAAUAUGAUAUUAGCUAUCGUGACGAGGAGGGUAUAACUCCAUUACAUUGGGCUGCUAUAAAUAAUCGUUAUGAGCUCUGCAAAUUCCUUCUCGAUUCCGGUGCUGAUGUCAAUGCGAAGGGCGGAGAGUCGGUAGCAACACCUGUUAUGUGGGCUGCUCAGAGAUGCCACCACUAUAUCGUCCACCUUUUACUCCAAUACGGAGCAGACCCCCUCUUGACGGACAUCCAGGGCUUUAAUAUCCUGCAUCUGGCCACUUUCGACGGGAACGCAUUCCUGCUGGUCCUGCUCCUCCACCAAGAGAUUCCGGUCGACGUUACCGAUCCUCAGGGCCACACAGGCCUCAUGUGGGCGGCCUACAAGGGAUUUCCAUCUUGUGUUGACGUGUUUCUAAGAUGGGGUGCGGAUGUGAAUGCUACGGAUGAAGGAGGCCUUGCACCGCUCCACUGGUCUUUAGUUAAAGGAACUACCGGCUGCGUUCAAAAGAUAAUAGAAUACGGUGCGGAUAGGUUCGCGGAGACAAAGGAAGGGAAAACCCCGUCGAUUGUUGCAGACGAAAUGAAGACGACUCAUAUAUGGCAUCAUGCGCUGGGAGAAUGCGGAUAUAAGCCGGAUGGAACCAGCUCCGCUGCACCAUCUAGUAUAGGCCAUAUAUUGCGAUCGACGCAGCAUAUGUCCAGAUUUUAUUUUCUCUUACCGUUUGCUGCAUUGCCUGCAGUUGUCACCAUCCUGAGCUCUCUGUCGAUUUACGUCUCUAUUUUGUUUACGCUUUUAUUCAUAUUUGGUGUUCAUUUGCUUAUAAAAUGGGUUUCGAAAAAAGGCCCAUUGGAUUUUAGAGUACUUCAGAGGACGGCGCUCCCGGCGGGAGUCUUUUCAGCAUCUGCAUUCUGGGUUGCUUUACGAUGGUUGCACAUUAUCCUACCUAGUAAGACAAUCUUAUAUACCUACUCUACUUCUCCCUUUCUGAAUUUAGUUUUUCUCGUUCUGUUUGCAUUUAUGAUAUACUUUUACACAUGCGCUAUGAUUGAAGACCCAGGAUUUGUGCCAAAACUAAGCAGCAGAAACGAACAGAAAGCUGAGACCGCUGAGGAGCAAACAUUGCAGGCGAUGCAAGCGAUGUGUGUCGAAACAGGACCACUACUCAGCCAUUGCCCAUGGAUAAACAACUGCGUUGGAAACAAUAACUUCCGUCAGUUUAUGCUUUAUCUUAUCUUACUGUGGUUUGGUAUUAUUGUCUAUGUCCGAUUGGUCUUCAUCUGUAAGCGCUUGUCCGGUCAUCCGUUUCGUUAUGGGUAUUAA